GAAGGGCUGUUAUCUCUUUCUGGCCAUGACAGGACUUCUUCUGUGCCAAAGUGCAUCCUUAACUCUCAACAGCUAUCAGGGCUGGCAGAUAUGAAGUAGCCUCUCCUCUCCUCCAUGACCAUUCUUCAGCAGAUCAUUAUGCUGCCCCAGUGCUGCCAUUGGUGACAAAUGCCAUUUUUUGCUCCCAUGGCAGAAUUUCUGGGCAGAGGAAUAACGUUACAUGGCAAGAGCAAGCUCCUGUAUGUGGCCCCCCUGCAGCCCCUUGUAUCUUCCCAUGUCAGAGCCCACAGCAAGUGAAGAGGGACCAAGAUGCAAAGAAGCUCUCUCUUGGAGUCACUGAGGGAGGGUGGAGUAUUGUAUUUGUGGGGACCUUCAUGGCAGGAAGGAAUGAGGAAUCUGACUCCUUGUUCCCCGAAGGCUAAUUUAUUGGUUUAUUAUACUACAUUAUAUAAAAGAAUACUAAUAAACUGUACUAAAGAAUACAGAAAGGCUACGGAGAGAAUGCUAAGAAGUUAAUAAUGAAAACUUGUGACUCUUUCCAGUGUCUUCACACAGCCUGACACUGAUUGGCCAAUGAGUCAAAAUAACUCACAUCAGAAACCCAAUGAAAGAAUCGUUUGUUGGUAAACAAUCUGCAACCACAUUCCAAAGGAGCAAAACAAAGGAGAAGCAAAUUAGAUGAUUGUUGUUUUCCUUUUCCACUGAGGCUUCUCAGCUUCCCAGGAGAAAAAUCCUGGGCAAAGGGAUUUUUCAGAACUAGGAAUGUGACACUGGAGAGGUACUGUGACACCACAACACUGGAGCAUCUCACCUGGGCUGUCCAGCUGCAUUUAUCUUGGAACAAAGGCAAUCUGGGAAUGCCAGCUGCCCGCACCCCCUCUGAUAGCUGAUACAUUUGGGUACACCCAGAUUGCACCAUGCCCUGGCCAGAGGUGCCACCCACAGCCCUGGCAGCAAUAAAAAGGAGAGGGAGCAGGAGCCUCAGCAGAGAGCUGCAAGGAGCACAUCCCAGGUACAUCAGCUGUCCUCUGCUGCAGAGAUGGUGCAAGCAACUCCCUUGCUGCUGGUGCUCUUCCUGGCCCUGGGGGCUCACAGCCUCCAGGGCACACAGCAGUGUAAGCUGACUGGGAAAUGGAAGAAUGACCUGGGCUCCAACAUGACCAUCAGUGAAAUAAAUGGAGAUGGUGAUUUCAACGGCACCUACUUCACGGCUACGUCAGCAUCUCCAGGGCCGAUCAAGGAAUCACCACUGGUGGGGUCCCAGCAGCUCCCAUAUGCGAGCCAGCCCACCUUUGGUUUCACUGUUCAUUGGAGCUUUUCAAACACCAUCACUGUUUUCAUGGGCCAGUGCUUUGUGGAUAAGCAUGGAAAGGAGGUUCUGAAGACCAUGUGGCUGCUGAGGUUACACUCGGAUAAACUCGCAAACAACUGGAAUGCCACCUUGGCUGGCUACGACACAUUCUGGCGCCUGGAAGAGCUCAAGGAUUGAAGGUUGGUAGCAUUGGAGCUCCCAGAAGAAGAGGCAGCGCCGGGCUGUAGCCCUUCCUCCUGCUUCAGCAGCUGCUUCUCCCAAUAAAGCUUUUCUGCAAGCACACAGAGUCUCCUCUC